CUCCCACAAAGUUUGGCGGCGGUCUAAUUUCCCAAGCUUUAGAUUUAGCAGUGGCAAUAUUUAAACACGGUCGAGGUCUUUCGGCUGUUGUCAUUGACAUCACCCUGCUGCAGCUGGGCCUGAGCAGGGAUGCUCACCAAUGCGCAGUUCACCACAGAAGGAGAUAAUCUCCGGAUUGAAGUGUUCAGACGUUCGCAGAACGCUUCACUUGUUGAGCGCGAGACUUAAAUCAUGUAGCUGGCGUAGAUCCCAAGCGUUGCUGAGGAUUGAGGCUCCGUUGGCCCGUGUUUGAUAGAUCUUUGUUUCGCAAGGCAGCCAUGAGGUUGCUACGUGGAGAUCUCAAGUGCACCAGGCUCUUCUCUAUCAUCUUCCUUUACUGCCUCGUGACCGCCCUUUUGAUCUUCGGCGCCCUCCAGGUGAUUGUACUCAGUUCCCAGGAUUACAGCGUAACAAGCCAGAUUGACAUCCGGAUGGCAGAGUCUACCAACCCGGGUCAUGUUGAGGAGCUGUCAGACGCCUUGUCAAAAGUUGCAGAGCAGGUGGACAAGCUUGAAGGGGUGCUACUUCGCUUUCAGAAUGAGACCAAGGCAGCGACUGAAAAGAUUGGCCGGCGGAGCAACUUGGAGCAAGUCAUCGACGGGGUGGCUCAGGAGGUGAAGGCGCUGAGAGCAGAGCGGCCAAUGAACCUGUACCUGGGGGGAAGCAUCAUCAUGUGUUGGGUUGAUUUCUUCCAACAGUACUUCUAUCUUGAUUCUCGGGACCGGGGGUUGACACCGCACCUCUGCCAGGGCACUGUGUGGGACAGUAAGAUCUCAGAGAGUGUUGAGAGAAUCGUGCGCCCGGGACAGCUGGUGGUGGAUGUAGGAGCGUGCGUGGGGUGGUAUGCAGCCAUCUUUGCAGAUGCGGUGGGGGAGGCUGGGAAGGUCCUUGCAGUGGAAGCAAACCCUCGGCUCAGCGACCUACUUGCUCGCUCGAUGGAGGAUCAUCCACAAGUCCAAGUAGUGAACAAGGCCGUAGGGAGUGAAGACAAAAAGCAGGUCUUUGUGGAGAACGAGAUGACGUGGAGCCCCGGGAACAGGGUUCUGCAGGAAGCAGGGGGGGGUGCUGUUCCAGUGGAAUACACGACAUUGGAUACACUGCUCCGAAAAGAAGGCUGGGACCAUGUAGAUGUGAUCAAGAUUGACGUGGAAGGCCACGAGUGGCAGGUAUGGGAGGGGAUGCAGAAGACGCUGCUGGAGAACCCCAAAGUGGAGCUUCUCUUAGAGAUUAAUAUACAACGAGACAGGGCGAAUGGGGUCGACUCUGAACGAUUUUAUGAAGCCUUGCAAAGCAGAUUCAAGGAUUUGUUCAUUAUAAAGCCGGACGACGGUCUGUUAAUGAAAACCAGUCCAUCCGAGCUGCUUGACUCCUUUGGUAACAUCAACCUGUACUUGAAAAGCUAGUAUAGAACAGUCACAAACCACUGCUCACUGCGUUACGGUGCGGUCGCUAUAUAGUCGUUCACGUAAAAUACCGAAAAGUCUUGUUUGCUCUUCUGGUCAGUAGAUUAUAAUGGCCAACUAGGACAGGGAAAGGUCAAUAUACUAAUUUAGUUGUAGGAAUUUCCUCGAGUGUAGUACCUUGAGGGUAAGGCUCGUAAGGGGCCGUCUAACCGUUUUGUAUAAUGGAAACAACUGCCUAUAGCAAGUGUUCAAUGACACGAACUCC